UGCUCUUUGCAGGUACUUGAAUGACUUUCGGGUGGACCCCUGCGCUCUGUUCAAGCAGCACACUUGUCAACAGCACAGACCGUACGGAUGUUUCUAUUGGCACUUUGCCAAUCAGAGAAGAAGGAAGUGUAUGAGACGCAAAGAUGGAACGUUCAACUAUCGUCCCGACAUGUACUGCACAAAGUACGACGAAAAUACUGGCAUCUGUCCAGACGGAGACGAGUGCCCGUUCCUGCACCGAGUUCAUGGCGACGUAGAACGCAAAUACCACCUUCGUUAUUACAAGACGACAAUGUGCGUGCAUCCGACAGACGCGAAGGGCUACUGUGUAAGAAAUGGGCAGCACUGCGCCUUUGCGCAUGGGCCGGAUGACCUCAGAAGUCCGGUGUUCGAUAUCAGGGAAGUGCAGCAACAGAACGAAGAAAUGGGCUACGAAAUGCUUGAAAACCGUGAUCGUCUCAGCUAUGUCAUCGAGGAUCCAGUAUGGCAAGAUCACGAUUACGUGCUUGCGUACUACAAGACAGAUUUGUGCAAAAAGCCGCCUCGUCUUUGUCGUCAAGGCUACGCCUGCCCGUACUAUCACAACAGUAAAGACAAAAGACGGCCACCAGGUGAAUUUAAAUACCGCUCUACCCCGUGUCCGGUCGUCAAACACGGUGAUGAAUGGUGCAAUCCCGAAACUUGUGAAGAAGGCGACAGGUGCGGGUACUGUCACACUAGAACGGAACAGCAGUUCCAUCCAGAGGUGCCCGCUACUUUGUACUUUUCUUUUUCGAUUUUUCACGAAGCCGUAUUGUGCAUUAUUUACAAGUCUACUAAAUGCAAUGACAUGUUGCAACAUGGUUACUGUCCGCGAGGACCUUUCUGCGCCUUUGCCCAUACUGACGAAGAGCUGCAUGCCAUUCGAGACCUGCCGAAACGCCUGAGUUUGACUGACUCUACUUCUUCGUUAAUCGGCAAAGGUGCCGACUUUUACGAUUCGGACAAAGCUUCGGGUUCUUGUCUCCUCAGUCCGGUGAUGAAGAAGUCAAACAUCAGUGGCCCUACGGUGUCGUCCACAUCAGACUGUUUACAAGUUUUUACGUCGUUUUCGACUGUGUCCUCUAACGUGAGCGGCGACGUGAUGCCCAGCUAUUCCACUGUGCUCAUGCAACGGCACGGUAGUUUGUCCUUGCAGAAACCGACCAACAUUUGCAGCGAAACGGGCUGCGGAGAGCUAUCGAGCAGCUACCCAAAGGCGCCGGGUUUCGAGAGGAUUUAUCAAUUUUCGCCUCGCAAGGACCGCGGUGGUGGAGCUGAAUUUGCAGGCGGGGGUGGAAACGAGGCAACGGAUACGGACAGUGGACGCCUGAAGAGCGCGUUGUACGUCUGCCAUGAGGUGGGCUGGGAUGUGGCUGCUGCUACUGCCGUCUCCCCUAAUAUUACGGGUCACCCGACGUCAGCGUCUGGUCUCAUAAAUGUUCGUCACAAUUCCGGUUCGCCGUUGCUCAACGUCGAACCGGCCAAUAGCUAUUCUAGCAUGGACAACGCUGAUUCACUUUUAGGUAGUUUAAUGGAAGAUAUUAGUUUGGAUGACCUGUCUUUGCCGACCAUCAGUGAAAACGAGGAACGAAUUGAAGCAGCAUCGCCUUUUAUGUCUCAGGAUGCAAACAUUAAUGGUAAGGUACAACUGUGAGA